AUGAGAAAAUCAAUUUCGCUAUUAAUAAUAAUAGUAGCAGCAGUGUUGAUUCAAUUCGUUGAAUCCAUUAAAUACAAAUUCCAUAGUGAGCAAAAAUUCACACAACAAUCCUUUUUUUCAAAUAAUAAUUAUUAUAAUGAUGGUGGUGAUGAAGAAUUUGGAGGUUGUAAUUCAACAAUUUAUUGUAAUGGAGAGCUGUUAAAAUUAGUUCAAUUAUCAAGAAUUUUUGAUGACUCUAAAACUUUUGUUGACAUGCCCACGAAAAAACCUGUAGCUGAAGUAUUACAAGCUGUCCAAAAAUUAUUAACUCAAAGCAAACUAAAUCCUCCAACAAGAUCAGAUGUAAUAUCAUUUUUAUCGACUUAUUUUGAUAAAGAAGGUCAAGAAUUACUCAGUCCAGAAAACUAUGAUGAUAAACAUU